CGAGAACAACAUAAACACGAAGCGGGAUGAUGAAACGGACAAGAAGGAGUGCAGUGUGGAGCCAUUUUAAGUUGGUUAAUGACGACAAAGACACCAAAUGCACAAUAUGUGGUAGUAUUUUAAAGUACAACUCCUCCACAACUUUGUUGAAUUACCACCUGAAUACGACACAUUCAGUCAUGCUGCAUGGAGCGAGUGGAUCGGCUUCACAGCCUACAAUCACCACAACGUUGGGACGGACGGUAUGUGACGCUGGGAAAGCGGAGGGCAUUACUCAGAGAAUAUGUAACAUGGUUACAACAGACAUGCUGCCGAUAAACGUCGUUAAUGGACAGGGAUUUCGAGAAGUGAUAAAGUACAUCGAGCCAGGGUAUAAUAUCCCCUCUAGAACGACCAUAACUACCCACGUGGAAGCAAGCUAUGUGAGGAAGAAGGCUGAGUUGAAAACACAACUUGCAACCGCGAAUGUGGCCCUCACAACCGACUGUUGGACUUCCUUAAAUACAGAAAGCUACAUCACAGUUACAUGCCAACACACUGAAAAGGAUUGGCAGGUAAUGUCAGCAGUCCUACUCACAGAGAGCAUGGCAGUGAGACAUACAGCUGACAAUUUAGCUAACAAGUUGAACGAGGCUGUGGAAACAUGGGGACUCACCGGGCGUGUAGUUGGUUAUGCAUGGUUAUUGGUUAUGCACGGAAUAUUAUCUCAGCAAACAGUCCCACACGAGUCAGUUGGCACUCGGUUUCAGCAUACCCUGCAGCUGGCCAUUAACGACGGGUUCGCUACCUACAUUAACCGAGUCAUUGUAGCUGCCAGCAGACUGGUAAAACACUUCAGUCAUAGCAAUCCAGCAAACAAAGCGCUUGAAGCAAAACAGAAACAGAUGCAGCUGCCGUCUCAUAAACUCAUCCAAUCCUGUAAAACCAGGUGGAAUUCUGUCUGUGACAUGUUUAGCAGAGUAACGGAGCAGCGGUGGGCCGUGUCUGCUGUACUAUCAGACCGCACAGUGACCAAACUCACAGACGCGAGGACGCUGGAGUUGAGAGAUGAGUACUGGCAGUUGAUAGGGGAUGUAGCGCCAGUGCUGGAAACACUCAAGUGUGCAACUACCGUCAUGUCUACUGAGACUGAGGUGUCCAUAUCAGACACGUAUCCCAUCACCUUCAGCCUGAUCAAUGUGCAUCUCAAGACAGACGAGGGAGACACCAGCAAAGUGGGGGAAUUCAAAUCCAGAGUGUGCACUUCACUGGGUGAAAGGAUGAAGAUUGAUUCUGAUGACCUGACGUCAACACCACCAAUGCUAGCCAUGAUGUUGGAUCCUCGACACAAGCACCUGGCAUUUCUGAUCCCAACGAGGAGGCUUGCAGCUCAUGCCAAACUGCUUCAACUGCUAGCAGAAGCAGAACGUGCGAGCUCCACAUCAGCAGAUGCAGACGCCGCUGGAGACCAGGUGGUCGGUGAAGUGCCAGUCCAGGAAGCUGUGCACAGACGCAGUUCUUAUGCUUUACUCAUGGGUGAAAACUAUGCCACCAGGAGCACCAAUGAUGUGGAAAAAGAAGUGGACAGCUUUCUGAAGGAUCCGCCACCACUCCUUGAUUCUAGUCCCACAGCAUGGUGGAAAGUCAAUGAAGGAAGGUUUCCAAGGCUGACAAACCUGGCACGAAAGUACUUGGCCAUACCAAACACGUCAGUCCCAGCUGAGCGUGUAUUCUCAGCAGCUGACCUCAUUGUAAACAGGCCGUGCACACGACUUACUCCUGACCAUGUUGAUAUGCUGAUAUUCUUGAACAAAAAUAGAUAGGUCUACAGUAUCUAUGCUAUGAGGAGCACCAGGGAUGUGUUUUUGGUUCUGUUUUAGGCAGGUGGGCACACAUAUCUUUCUCAGGGAUGUUUUUUGUUGUUUUCAGGCAGCCUGUAUUUUUAGUUAACUAGAGCUACGAUAGUCCAGUCCUGUUCUACUAAUGUUAUUGUGAUAUUGUCACAUUUCCCAGGGAUUUAUAAAUGCUGCUAAUAUUGCACAUGUGACAGAUGAGACAGUGCACAAUUUAUUACCUUAACCUUAUUUAAUUUUCUUUUCAGAAUUUAUUUUAUUUAUUUUAUUAUGCUGCCAAGAGACAGUGCACUAAUUUAUUUUCAUGUUAAAGUAGCCUACAUAUUGUAUUCUUCUCUUCAGGAAUGUGAAGCUGCUGCUAUUAAUGUUUCCCAUGUCACAGAUGAGAGAAUGCCCAAUUUAUUUUCACGUUAAGUAGCCUGCGUAAUAUUGAUAUUUACUGUUCAGAAUAUCUUUGGUAUGCUACCAAAAUGCUGCCCUCAAAUAUAUCCCAAAAUAAAUCUUUGAUUAAGGAAUAUGAUUUGCAUUUGUUCUGUAUAUCAUAAGAAAGAUAUAGCUUUUAUGUUAUGUAUAGAUAGAACCUAUUGAUUCACAGGGAAAUUCAGCUUCUCAAGAAAAUCGCCGCUUAUCAAUUAAUCGAUCAUCGAUCGAUAAGAUGAAACAACUAUCAAUUAAUGAAUUAAUCGAUAAUUUGCAUCCCUAAUCAUCAUUAUUAUUAUCAUUAUCUAUAUUACUCUUAUUACUGUCAUUAUUAUUACAACAACAUACUGCAUCUUCUCUUACUCAUUAGUCUAACUAUAGACAUUCUGGGCAUUAUAUCUGUAACACAUUUUAUUUGUGAGGAUUGUUAAGAAGUUAAUAUUUAUGCUCAGUAAAUGUGGUAAAUAUUUAGUCAAAAGAAGACUGUACAUUUCAUUUGAAAUUUUGAUUUUGAAGUAACGAGUAUAGAAGUUCAUUUCCAAGUAAAUGCCUUACUUUGUAUUAAAAGGGACUUCACUACCCAGUAUAUAUCACGUGAUGACGUCACUUAGCUUCUGUUGUUGUUCGCGCCAAUGCUGUGUUAGCAGCAGUCGAGCUGUGUACCCCCUUGUUUGCACAAGCUAACAUGUCCGUGCCUUUAUUCAUUCACUAAAGAUGACGUUUGAUUUUAAGUCCAGUCUCGUCUCUUCAUUUGUAAGGUUGUAGACGAAGCUGCAACAACAUCCGGGCAACAAAAUAUGAAUUAACAACGUUAGCAUUUUGUAACAUAAGCUCGACCAGCUCUGACACACACCCUUGUGUCUCUAGGCUACACAGCGAGGCGGCGUCCCAGACUCAGAUCAGCAUCUGUGUCCUGAAGUCUGCUCUCAUCAAAUCAUCAAAACACUUUUCUCGCCUUUAUUACUAUCUCUAGAUAGACAAUUGGUGGAACAAAUCUGACACGCCAUGCCGAUGUGUGCUUACAUAGCACAGGGAAACGGGAACACACAGGUGGCACACAGCGUGCACGGGAGCAGAGAGCCUCAGACUGAUGCAGAGUUGUAGGGGAAAUAUGCAGAUUUAACCUCUCAAAAUGAACAGACCCGAUCAUAAAAACAGGAAAACACAAACACACAGUUUCACUUUAAAAUCUGAGAGAAACUGAUAUGUUGGAUGAUUAUACUGCGUUGUGUUAGUUUCAGCCCACACUGACCAUUUUAGGCGGUGGCAGCCGCCACCAAAAUUAAUAUGCAGGAAAAAAAAUCAACCUUAUUAUCUGUUUCAUGCCUGCGAAUAAAAACAACCACCCAAACUGACAUUAGAGCCAAGUCCUGUUUACUUCUGAGUCCCAAUAAGGAGAUAAACACAUGCUUGAUGUGUGAUUUUACAGCUUGGUUGUAAAUGUCUGAACAAGUUGAAAAAGCAACAACGCACACUUUGAAUACCUACGUCAGUUUAACCCUCCCCCUGACUCCAUUCUGAGACCACAGAGCCAGCCGCACCAAAAUGAAAUCAGCUGGAAACAAAACCGAACUGUUCCACAACCAAGCUGGUCGUAAAAUUUCGCCACCUAUUAGGCAAGGCAAUUUCAUUUGUAUAGCCCAACAGUUUGUCUCAAAGGGCUUUACAUAGCAUCAUAACAACAUCCUCUGCCCUUAAACCCUCACAUCGACUGAAGAAAAACUCCAAAAAAUUGGAGAAACCUCAUGGUGAGCAACGGAGGAGGGAUCCCUCACCCAGGACAGGCAGACAUGCAAUAGAUGUUGUAUACAGACAAGAAAACAGUUUACAACACAGAAUAUGCAAAACAUGGAAAUGGUUAACAAGAGCUGAUGAAGGCAGCUUCUGGUGGGAGGGAAGGCAGGGAG